UCCAUAUUUAAUAACUAGUGCUUUGAAAGUCUAGCAUAAUACGCAAGUGUUUUUGGGUUCUGUUGUAGUCUUUUGACCUGAAACAAAACAAUGAAGGCAAAGAGAGAAAAACGCUCCGAGGCCUUUUGGCCUUCCAUUGUGAUGAAAAAAUGGCUAAACAUCAAGCCUAAGGCGAAUGAUUUUAGUGAAGAUGAAGUGGAUACUGAAACUGAGAGUGAAGAUGAUGCUUGCUCUCCUAAAGAUUCAAAACUGGGCCUGCGUGAAGAUAAUCCAUUUAGAACACAAGGGAUCCAAUCCAGAUUCCCAAGUCACACAUCAGAUGCAUCUUAUAAGGGCUACAAGAUAAGACACAGAAGAGGAAAAUCAGAAACUCUGCGUGCUCAGUACAUAAAUACGAAGGAAGUGAGGGUAACAAUUGGCACUUGGAAUGUUGCUGGAAGAGUUCCAUGCGAGGAUCUCGAGAUUGAUGACUGGCUUUGUACUGAAGAGCCAGCAGAUAUUUACAUUCUUGGUUUCCAGGAGGUAGUUCCACUGAACGCUGGAAACGUUUUUGGAGCAGAGGAUAAUUCACCUAUCCGAAAAUGGGAGGCAAUCAUUCGAAGAUCACUAAACAAAUCUUCUGAGCCUGAAAGUAUAUACAAAAGUUACAGUGCCCCUCCUUCUCCAGUGUUAAGAACUUCUUCUGCUGCUGAUCUUUUAGCAGACAACAUAGAUGCUAAUCCAAUAGCUAUAGGAGGAACUGUUGAAAACCAUGAGGUGGAACAGCAGGAAUUAAAGAACAUAAUUGAUACAGGGAAUAAUUUACAGUUCAAGAGAAUAUAUGGCAUUGAUCUUGAUUGGCCUGAACGUCCAUUAGAUGCAAUCUCCCAGAUUGUUGAUUCGAAUUCGAAGUUGCGGAGAGUACUAAGCAGUUCAGCCAGAAUUGGCUUUAACAGGACUGAAAAUGCUUUGGUAUAUGGUCGAGGAAUGAAACGUUCACACCACAGUUCUGGAGAUUUAGGUUCGUUAUGGAAAGAACAGCAAGUGAUACCUGAAGUGGUUGAUUCCUUAGCUGAUGAUGUCUCUAAUGUGUUAUCCACUGAGGAUGAUGAUACUUUUAUUGAAUUACCUAGUAACGAAGAUGAUAAUGGAUUAGGCAACACGAAAUCAUGUCGAAAGUAUGUUCGGAUUGUCAGCAAGCAGAUGGUAGGGAUAUAUGUAUCUGUUUGGGUGCAGAGAAGGUUGAGAAGGCACAUUAAUAGUUUGAAAGUUUCCCCAGUUGGAGUUGGUCUUAUGGGCUACAUGGGAAACAAGGGAUCUGUUUCAAUUAGUAUGUCUCUCUUUCAGUCUCGUCUGUGCUUUGUUUGUUCUCAUCUGACUUCUGGUCAGAAGGAUGAACAGAGGAGAAACUCUGAUGUUCAUGAAAUUCUAAGACGCACUUGUUUCUCAUCUGUUUUUGACUCAGAUCAACCACAAACAAUCCCAUCUCAUGAUAAGAUCUUCUGGUUUGGGGAUUUGAAUUAUCGUAUCAAUAUGGUAGAUGAGGAGGUUCGAAAAUUGGUGGGUCUAAAAAUGUGGGAUGAACUGAUGAAUAAUGAUCAGCUAAGCAAAGAAUUGCGUAUUGGGCAUGUAUUUGAUGGAUGGAAAGAGGGGUUGAUAAACUUCCCACCCACUUACAAGUAUGAAAUUAAUUCUGAUAGAUAUGUUGGUGAAAACCCAAAAGAAGGUGAAAAGAAGAGAUCUCCAGCAUGGUGUGAUCGUAUAUUGUGGUUAGGAAAAGGAAUAAAGCAACUUCAAUAUGGACGUGCAGAAAUUAAGCUCUCAGAUCAUCGACCUGUUAGUUCAAUCUUCUUGGUUGAUGUUGAAGUAUUUGACCAUCGCAAACUAAAAAGAGCUCUAAAUGUCACUAGUGCAGCAGUUCACCCAGAUAUCUUCCUCGAUGAAGAUGGCGAAAUAUAAUCAUAUUAAAAAUACAUUGAAGAUGGGCAUCUACAUUCAUAUUAAAUACUGGGUGUAAAAAUCUGGGCUGUCUUUGAAGUCAUGUUGCCAGUGAGAGACAAUUGGUAUCCUCUUUCUAAAACUGAGCUUCAAGAUGUCAAAUUCAAGGAGCACUCCUCUCAAGUUAGCUCUGAACGAAGCCUCCUUUGUGAGAUUAACUGGGAUAUCAAGUAUUAUGUGGAUCCGAGUCAGUUACACUGGAAGCCAUUGAAAUAGUUAUAACAGGAAACUGUAUAUAGUCUCAUACAAUAGGAUUACUAUAGGAUCUUUUUGUCAUCCCUAGUAAACAGCCAUUAUUUGAAUUUGGCCUCAUCGGUUGUGCCUCCCAUUUAUUUUAUCUUUGGAGAAUAAACAUUGAGGUAGGGGUCGUUUUUCUGUAACACUAGACACGUUCUGUUGGCCAUUAUUGAUUUGUACGAUGAACUUCAACCAUAAAUGACUUUGGCUGGCUUUUGCC